ACUUGUUAUUGGCCAAGAAAACUACAGGAAGUAUUUAUAUUUAUAUCUGCAAAACAUUCAUUCCUAACAUCCUCAAAAUUAUAUCAGAAGUGUUUUUUGCUUCAACAGAUCUGCAAACAGUUACUAAUUAUGGAUACUGAUACUUAUUUACUGAACUUUAAAGGCUUUAAUUUUGAACGUACUUUAGUUGAUAAGGACUUGCUAGAGAAUCUAGAGGAUUUUGAAAUUAGAGAUGAUGAUGUCUUUAUAAUUACAUAUCCUAAAUCUGGUACCAUCUGGACACAGCAGAUAUUAAGUUUGAUAUACUUUGAAGAACAUCGUAAACAAACUAGAAUGAUGGAAACAAUUGACCUAGCCCCCUUUUUAGAAUACAACAUUCGUAAUAUGGACUUCCUCCGAAGACCAGACCCUCGCCUUUUCUCUUCUCAUCUGCCAUAUUAUUUAGUACCAAACGGCCUCAAGAACAAAAAAGCUAAAAUUAUUUACAUAUACAGAAAUCCUAAGGAUGUUAUGACCUCAUUUUUUCAUUUUUCAAAUUGGGUGGUUGUAUUUGAAGCUUCUAAAAAUAUGGAAAGUUUCAUGCAGCAGUUUCUAGAUGGAAAAGUUGUAGGAAGUCUUUGGUUUGAUCACAUCAAAGGCUGGUAUGAACACAGACAUAAAUUUAAUAUUCUAUUUGUGUCAUAUGAGGAGAUGAAGAAGGAUCUCAGAAGUGUUGUGCAAAAGUUUUGCAAGUUUCUUGGAAAAGAACUCAGUGAAGAUGACUUGGAUACUGUUGUGAAGCAAGCUACAUUUAAGAAUAUGAAAGCUGAUUCAAGAGCAAAUUAUGAUGAUAUAAUCACUAAUGAAAUUGGAAAAAGAAAUAAUUAUGGACAAUUCCUGCGCAAAGGUACCAUCGGUGAUUGGAAAAAUAAUUUUACUGUGCAGCAAAGUGAAAGAUUUGACAUCAUAUUCCAAAAGAAGAUGAAAGACAUACCAUUGAAAUUCAUCUGGGAUAUAAAUGAGGAGUAGAAAUAGUAAAAAAAAUGAAAAAUCUACUGUCACAGAACACAUUUUUCAUAUAAUGAUUUAUUUUGAUUCUCAUAAAUAUUAAUUAU